CUGAGCCCCGUCCCGGGGCUGUUCUGCCCUCUGGCCCGGACCUUCCCUCAGCCUGCGUGCAGGCGGGACAAAUGCCACGUGAGCCUCGCGCUCCAAAGUGAACGUGAGAACAGAGAACGGGACUUUGAUAGUUGUCUUUGGUUUGUGUCCUCGCGCGCCUGGACGCCGUUUAUUCCGGGGGAAAAGCCCCGCUGGUCCGGGGAGGGCGCCUCCACCCCAGCGUACGUCAACGCGCCCCGCAGGGUGGAGUUUCAGCAGCAGCUCCACUCCUCAGAGCGGAUAGGGAGGGGAGCGGACAAAAAGUGCUUUCUGGCCUUUCCCCCCGUCGAAACUGACGCUUCUCGAGGGGAAACCAGCCCGGACGGAGCACAGCGACCCGGACUUCUACGCUCCAGGAGCCGCCGACGGGACCGGAUCGAGCCGCACAGGAGCAGUUCAGCCAGAAUUCAUCAUCAGAGGGGACAGGAAGGCCUUCACAAAACAUUAGUUCACUUCAGGUGUGAGUUUGUGGGGAACGUGGUGAAAACCAUGCAGUUUGAGCCCUCCACCAUGGUGUACGAUGCCUGCCGCAUCAUCAGAGAGCGCGUUCCCGAGGCCCAGCUCGGCCAGCCCAUUGACUAUGGGCUGUUCCUGUCUGAUGAGGACCCAAAGAAAGGCAUCUGGCUGGAGGCUGGGAAGGCCCUGGACUACUACAUGUUGAGAAACGGGGACACUCUGGAGUACAAGAAGAAGCAGAGGCCCUUAAAGAUCCGCAUGCUGGACGGCACCGUGAAAACCGUCAUGGUGGACGACUCCAAGAUCGUCAGCGACAUGCUGAUGACCAUCUGCGCCCGAAUCGGCAUCACAAACUAUGAUGAAUACUCUCUGGUGAGAGACAUCGGUGAGGAGAAAAAGGAGGAAACCACCGGCACCCUGAAAAGAGACAAGACUCUUCUAAGAGACGACAAAAAGAUGGAGAAGCUGAAGCAGAAGCUCCACACAGAUGAUGAACUGAACUGGCUGGACCACGGCCGGACGCUGAGGGAGCAGGGGGUGGAGGAGACCGAGAUGCUACUGCUCAGGAGGAAGUUCUUCUACUCAGACCAGAACGUGGACUCCAGAGACCCCGUCCAGCUCAACCUGCUCUACGUGCAGGCUCGGGAUGACAUCCUGAACGGGUCUCACCCCGUCUCCUUCGACAAGGCCUGUGAGUUUGCAGGUUACCAGUGUCAGAUCCAGUUCGGUGACCACAACGAGUCCAAACACAAGCCUGGAUUCUUGGAUUUAAAGGAAUUCCUUCCCAAAGAGUACAUCAAAAACAAAGGAGAGAAAAGGAUCUUCCAGGCACAUAAAAACUACCAGAACAUGACCGAGAUUGAAGCCAAAGUCAGCUACGUGAAGCUGGCCCGGUCCCUGAAAACCUACGGAGUGUCGUUUUUCCUGGUGAAGGAGAAAAUGAAAGGGAAGAACAAAUUGGUGCCCCGUCUCCUGGGUAUCACCAAGGAGUGUGUGAUGAGGGUGGAUGAGAAGACCAAGGAGGUGAUCCAGGAGUGGAGCCUGACCAACAUCAAACGCUGGGCUGCAUCACCUAAGAGCUUCACCCUGGACUUCGGAGACUACCAGGACGGUUACUACUCUGUGCAGACCACAGAAGGAGAGCAGAUUGCACAACUUAUUGCAGGUUACAUUGACAUCAUCCUCAAGAAGAAAAAGAGCAAAGACCACUUUGGCCUUGAGGGGGAUGAAGAGUCCACCAUGCUGGAAGACUCUGUGUCACCCAAAAAGUCCACGGUUCUGCAGCAGCAGUUUAACAAGGUGGGCCGAGUGGAGACGGGCUCAGUCGCCCUUCCAGCCAUCAUGCGCUCCGGAGCGGGGGGGCCGGAGAGCUUCCAGAUGGGCUCCAUGCCUCAGGCCAAGCAGCACAUCACCAGCGGGCAGAUGCACAGAGGACACAUGCCCCCACUGACCUCCGCACAGCAAGCCCUGACCGGAACCAUCAACUCCAGCAUGCAGGCGGUCCAGGCCGCCCAGGCCUCCCUGGACGACUUCGACACGCUGCCGCCUCUGGGAACGGACGCCGCAUCCCAAGCGUGGCGCAAAAACAAGAUGGACGAGUCGAAGCACGAGAUCCAUUCUCAGGUGGACGCCAUCACAGCAGGCACCGCCUCCAUGGUCAACCUGACCGCAGGGGACCCAGCAGAGACGGACUACACAGCCGUGGGCUGUGCCGUCACCACCAUCUCCUCCAACCUGACCGAGAUGUCGAAGGGGGUCAAGCUGCUGGCCGCCCUGAUGGAGGACGAGGGGGGGAAUGGUCAGCAGCUGCUGGGGGCUGCCAAGAACCUGGCCUGUGCCGUGUCCGACAUGCUGAAGACGGCUCAGCCCGCCAACACGGAGCCGCGGCAGAACCUGCUGCAGGCGGCCGGGAACGUGGGCCAGGCCAGCGGGGAGCUGCUGUCCCACAUCGGGGAGACGGACACCGACCCCCAGUUCCAGCUUGGAGGUAAAGGAUCUUUCAGGGGUGCAAGAUGGAGAGUCCCCUCUUAUAGUCAAAUGCUGGACAUGUUGAUGCAGCUAGCCAAAGCCGUGGCCAAUGCUGCUGCAGCGCUGGUGCUCAAGGCCAAGAACGUGGCCCAGAAGUCGGAGGACUCGGCCCAGCAGAACCGGGUGAUCGCAGCAGCCACCCAGUGCGCUCUGUCCACCUCCCAGCUGGUCGCCUGCACAAGGGUGGUGGCUCCGACCAUCAGCUCCCCGGUGUGUCAGGAGCAGCUCAUAGAAGCCGGCAAGCUGGUGGCCAAGUCGGUGGAGGGCUGCGUGGAGGCGUCCCAGUUCGCCACCCAGGACGAGGGCCUCCUCAAACAGGUGGGGCUGGCGGCCACCGGCGUCACGCACGCCCUCAACGAGCUGCUGCAGCACAUCAAGCAGUACGCCAGCGGGGGGCACCCCAUCGGGCGCCACGGCGAGGCCACCGACCGGAUCCUGGACGUCACCGAGAACAUCUUUAGCUCGAUGGGGGAUGCCGGGGAGAUGGUGCGUCAGGCCCGUAUUCUGGCUCAAGCCACGUCGGACCUGGUGAACGCCAUCAAGAUGGAUGCGGAGGGAGAGUCCGACUUGGAAAACUCCCGGAAGCUUCUCUCUGCUGCCAAGUUGCUGGCGGAUGCCACUGCCAAGAUGGUGGAGGCUGCAAAGGGUGCUGCUGCCAACCCGGACAGUGAGGAGCAGCAGCAGAAGCUGCGAGAGGCUGCCGAAGGUCUGCGCAUGGCCACCAACGCCGCUGCCCAGAACGCCAUCAAGAAACGGCUGGUCAACAAGCUGGAGGUCAGCACACGGGGGACGAACCCUGUUCUCCACACUACACGUGUUGGGGUGGGAGAAGCCAGCAAGUCUCUGCUGGCUGAUUCUUUCCCCUCCAGCGGACGCAGUUUCCAGGAGGUCCAGGCCCAGCUCAACGAGGUGGCAGCCGGCCUGAACCAGUCAGCCAACGAGGUGGUCCAGUCCUCCAGAGGGACCACUCAGGACCUGGCCAGGGCCACCAGCAAGUUUGGAAACGACUUUAGCAACUUCCUGGAGGCUGGCGUUGACAUGGCUGGAACAUCCCAUUCUAAGGAGGACCAAACCCAGGUGGUGUCCAACCUGAAAACCAUCUCCAUGUCAUCAAGCAAGCUUCUGCUGGCAGCCAAAGCCCUGUCCACCGACCCCAGCUCCCCCAACAUGAAGAACCAGCUAGCAGCCGCCGCCCGGUCAGUGACAGACAGCAUCAACCAGCUCAUCACCAUGUGCACGCAGCAGGCUCCGGGCCAGAAGGAGUGUGACAACGCCCUGAGAGAGCUGGAGUCGGUCAGGGGGAUGCUGGAGAACCCCACCGAGGCCAUCAGCGACCAGUCCUUCUUUGAGUCCAUCGACAGUGUGAUGGAGAACUCUAAGGUCCUCGGUGAGUCCAUGGCUGGUAUUUCCCAUCAUGCCAAGAACUCCAACCUGCCAGAGUUCGGGGAUUCAGUCAGUGCAGCCUCCAAAGCUCUGUGUGGUCUCACUGAGGCAGCUGCACAGGGUGCUUAUCUGGUGGGGGUGUCGGACCCCAACAGCUCAGCUGGACAGAAGGGCCUGGUGGACCCCACUCAGUUUGCCCGCGCUAACCAGUCCAUUCAGAUGGCCUGCCAGAACCUGGUGGACCCGGCCUGCACCCAGUCUCAGGUGCUUUCUGCAGCUACCAUCGUGGCCAAGCACACGUCUGCCCUGUGCAACGCCUGCCGCCUGGCCUCCUCCAAGACUCCCAACCCGGUGGCCAAGAGGCAGUUUGUCCAGUCCGCCAAAGAGGUGGCCAACACCACCGCCAACCUAGUCAAGUCCAUAAAGGCUUUAGAUGGAGCCUUCAAUGAGGAGAACAGAGAGAAGUGCCGAGCUGCCACUGGUCCUCUGAUAGAAGCUGUGGACAACCUGACUGCCUUUGCCUCCAACCCAGAGUUUGCCAGCAUUCCUGCCCAGAUCAGCCCCGAGGGCUACGCUGCCAUGGAGCCCAUACUGGCCGCAGCAAAGACCAUGUUGGAGAGCUCCACCGGCCUAAUCCAGACGGCCCGCUCCCUGGCUGUCAACCCCAAAGACCCCCCCAAAUGGUCAGUGCUGGCCGGCCACUCCCGGACGGUGUCUGACUCCAUCAAGAAGCUCAUCACCAACAUGAGAGAAAAGGCUCCUGGCCAACGGGAGUGUGAUGAUGCCAUAGAAGUGCUGAACGGCUGCAUCAGAGAAGUGGAUCAGGCCUCGCUGGCUGCCAUCAGCCAGCAUCUAACACCCAGAGAGGACAUCUCCAUGGAGACUCUUCAUGAGCAGAUGGCGGCUUCAGUCCAUGAGAUCAGCAACCUGAUCGAUCCUGUGGCUGUGGCCGCUCGGUCCGAGGCCUCCCAGUUGGGACACAAGGUGUCUCAGAUGGCUAGCUACUUUGAGCCCCUGAUUAUGGCAGCUAUUGGAACAGCGUCCAAGAUCCUCAGCAGCCAACAGCAGAUGGCCGUCUUAGACCAGACCAAGACUCUGGCAGAGUCCGCUCUGCAGAUGCUCUACACCGCCAAAGAGGCUGGAGGAAACCCCAAGGCCGCACACAUGCAGGACGCUCUGGAGGAGUCGGUGCAGAUGAUGAAGGAGGCGGUGGACGACCUGGGGGCCACGCUGGCCGAGGCCGCCGGGGCGGCGGGCGCUGUGGGGGGCAUGGUGGACUCCAUCAAUGAUGCCAUCAACAAAAUGGAGGAUGCCCCUCAACUGGAACCUGAAGGCACCUUUGUGGACUACCAGACUACGAUGGUCAAGACAGCCAAGGCCAUCGCUGUCACUGUGCAGGAAAUGGUGACCAAGUCCAACACCAACCCAGACGACCUCGGAGGACUGGCCAACCAGCUGACAAAUAAUUUUGGAAAUCUGGCCGAAGAGGCUAAAUACGCCGCUCUCACAGCAGAGAAUGAUGAAAUCGGUACUCAGAUUAAGAAGCAGGUGGGAGAGCUGGGCUUCACCUGCACGGGUUUGGUGACCAAAGCCGGAGCUCUGCAGUGCAGCCCCAACGACACCUUCACCAAGAAAGAGCUGAUCGAAAGUGCCCGCAAAGUCUCUGAGAAGGUUUCCCACGUGCUGGCGUCCCUCCAGGCCGGGAACCGGGGCACCCAGGCCUGCAUCACCGCUGCCAGCGCCGUGUCCGGCAUCAUCGCAGACCUGGACACCACCAUCAUGUUCGCCACCGCCGGCACUCUGAACAGGGAGAACGCAGAGACCUUCGCUGACCACAGGGAAUGCAUCCUGAAGACCGCCAAGGCUCUGGUGGAGGACACCAAGCUGCUGGUGUCUGGAGCCGGGGCCAGCCAGGAGAAGCUGGCCCAGGCUGCCCAGUCCUCCGUGUCCACCAUCACCAGGCUGGCCGAUGUGGUCAAACAGGGGGCAGCCAGCCUCGGGUCCGAGGACCCGGAGACCCAGGUGGUCCUCAUCAACGCGGUGAAGGAUGUGGCAAAGGCCCUGGGGAACCUCAUCAGCGCCACCAAGGCGGCAGCCGGGAAGCCCCACGACGACCCCAGCAUGCUCCAGCUCAAGAACUCUGCCAAGGUGAUGGUGACCAAUGUAACGUCCCUCCUGAAGACUGUGAAGGCUGUGGAGGACGAGGCCACCAAGGGAACCAGAGCUCUGGAGGCCACUAUCGAACACAUCAAACAGGAGCUGGCUGUCUUCUGCUGCUCCGACCCGCCUCCUAAGACGACUACGCCGGAGGAGUUCAUCCGGAUGACCAAAGGAAUCACCAUGGCAACGGCGAAAGCAGUGGCUGCUGGGAACUCCUGUCGUCAAGAAGACAUCAUCGCCACGGCCAACCUGAGCAGGCGGGCCAUAGCCGACAUGCUGCGUUCCUGCAAGGAAGCUGCUUACCACCCAGAGGUGGGCAAAGAGGUCCAGAUGCGAGCUCUGCGCUAUGGCAACGAGUGUGCGUCCGGAUACCUGGGGCUGCUGGAGCAUGUGCUGGUGAUAAUCCAGAAGCCCACUCAUGAUCUGAAGCAGCAGCUGGCCAGCUACUCCAAGCGGGUGGCCGGUUGUGUCACUGAGCUCAUCCAAGCUGCUGAGGCUAUGAAAGGCACAGAGUGGGUGGACCCAGAGGAUCCUACUGUCAUCGCAGAGAACGAACUACUGGGAGCAGCGGCAGCUAUUGAAGCAGCUGCCAAGAAACUGGAGCAGCUGAGGCCGAGGACCAAACCCAAGGAGGCAGAUGAGAGCCUGAACUUUGAGGAGCAGAUUCUGGAAGCAGCCAAGUCCAUUGCAGCGGCCACCAGUGCUCUGGUGAAAGCGGCCUCGGCGGCCCAGAGGGAGCUGGUGGCUCAGGGGAAGGUGGGAGCGAUCCCAGCCAAUGCGGUGGACGAUGGCCAGUGGUCUCAGGGACUCAUUUCAGCUAUCAUCGCUGCUCAGGAGGAGAUGCUGCGGAAAGAGCGGGAGCUGGACGAGGCCCGGAAGAAGCUGGCCAUGAUCCGCCAGCAGCAGUACAAGUUCCUCCCCUCCGAGCUCCGGGAGGACAGCCAGGACCAGUGA